AUGGUGGACAAGAAAAAAGUAAAGGCUAGCAGUAGUAGUAGUACUAAUCCACAACAGCCACAAGGAGGAACUCCAAAAGUACAAUACAAUAACAAUCAUCAUAAUCAAAAUAAUAAUAAUAAUAAUAAUAAUAACAAUAAUAAAACAUAUAUAAAUGGUAGUAGGCCAUCAUCUAAUAAUAAUAAUAAUAACAAUAAUACAUCUACUUCUACAACAACUACGACUACUGCUAUAACACAUACACCAAAAUUAAAUAUAAGACAAUUAAACAUUACGAAUAAUAAUAAGACUAGUAACAUAAACAACAAUAACAUCAACAUAAAUAAUAACAAUAAUAGUAUUAAUAAUGUCAUAUAUAAUAGUAACAACAACAAUAUAUCAUCAGAAAAUAAUGUACAGAAUAAUAAAUUAGAUACAAUAACCAUUUUAAAUCAUACAAGUAUAGAACAUCAACAACAACAACAACAAGUGACUGAAAGUAAACCAUCAGAACAACAACCAUUAUUAGAACAACAACAAACAUCAUAUGUACCCCAAGAUAUCAUCAUUGAUAUUAUCGAUUCACAUUCAAAUAUUUCACAUAACAAUCAUCAUCAUCAUCAUCAUCAUCAUCAACAAUCAGAUUCUUUAAUCCCAUCUCAACAACAAGAACAACAAGAACAAGACAGCAGUAAUACGAAUAAUAUAAUUGAAAAUAAUAAUAGUAAACAACAACAACAAUAUUUUAACAACUAUAAUAAUACACAAAGAGAUAAAUUAUCAAAUAUAAUAGUUCGAAAUAAUCAAUCAGAUAUAACCAAUGAAAUUGUACAAUCGAUUUCAAGUAUCAAGUUUGGAUCAUUUACAUCCGAAAUAUGGGAGCAACUAGAGAUGACCCCUUCAUUUCAACUGCCCGAGGACUUUUCUUUUCUUUCCAUCGACACUUUAGAAGACCCGUUGAUGCGUAUAUUUAACCAAGAACAACAGCAACAACAACAAUACCAAGAUGAACAAUACCAACAAUACCAACAAGAACAACUACAAUAUCAACAACAACUACAAUUAGAAGAAGAACAAUAUCAUCAAGAACAACGACAACAUUAUCACUAUCAAGAUGAUCAAAAUAAUAUCCCCGAGGAAUUACAACCAUUAUUAUUACAUCAAGAUAAUGAUAAUAAUAAUGAUGAUCAAAUACAACAUCAACAAUCACAACAACAACCAUCGACCAAUUUGAAUGAAGAUAAUAAUAUAUCUUCAACUUCUACUCCAACACCAAUUAUUACUUCUACUUCUACUUCUUCUUCUUCAACUUCAACAACUUCUGUUUCAAAAAAGAAAAAGAAGAAAAAGAAUAAAUCAAAAUCACCAACUACUACAACAGCAACAACUAUAGCCACUACUACUACUACAACUCAACAACAACAAGUAUUGGCUCCAAUAACCAAUAAUAAUCCAAUAUUGGAACCAACAACCAUGGCAUCAAUGAUAGCCAAUGUUAAUCAAACACCAAAUACAAAUGCACCAAUUCAACCAUUGUCACCAAAAUCUACAAAUGGAAAUGUAUCAUCAUCUUCUUCUUCUUCAAAUACUACAAAUACUAGUACGCCUAUUAAUUCACAUGUACAAAACAAUACAGCUCCACUUUCCACCACUACUACUACCACCAAUACAACAGUCACACCAAUACCACCAGUGACCAACAAUUUGGCCAAUUUAUUGAUGCAAAUCCAUAGUACAAGCACAACUGCCAACACUGCAACCAAACCACCAACACCUAUAUCCACUACAAACGGUGCCUCUAGCGCCAUUCAAAAGAAGUUAUCUUGGAUUAGAGGUUUUGAUGAACACAUUUCCAAAAUGAAAACUUUACCCUAUCAAGCAAAGGGUAUGGUAAAUACUUCAAAUACUUGUUUUAUGAAUGUCAUCUUACAAUCAUUAAUUGGAUGUCAACCAUUUGUAAAGUUAUUAAAAUCAAUUUCAGAUAGUGAAGGUCCAAGUCAAACAAAAUAUCCAACUUUACAUCAUUUAAAACAAUUUCAUGAUGAUUAUUUUUCAACAAUACAAGUAUCAAAUAAUACAAGUAAAUAUGUUAGUUCACCUCAACCAAUUAAUCCAAAAUAUUUUGGUGAUAUCGUAAAGUCAUUUAAUUCGAAAAUUGCACCACCAUCUCCUUCUCCAAUCAUCCCAUUCUCUGUACCCAUUUCCAACAAAAAGAGAACAAAAUUGACCAUUUAUGAAGCCGUUCAACAACAAUCAUUGAAUAGUUGUCAACAAGAUGCUCAAGAAUUCUUGACCUAUUUUUUAGAUUUAAUUCAUGAAGAAUUUGUUUCCCUAUUAAAGGAAAUUGAAGGACCAAAAGAAGAAAAACAAAUGGUUCAACCAAUUUUAGAGCCAACCACCAAAGAUAAUGAUGGAUGGGAAAUUGUUGGUGCCAAAAACAAAACCUCAACAGUCAAUGACCAUACCACCAAUCUAAAUGGUUCUCCCAUUUCACAAAUAUUUUCUGGUACCAUGAGAAGCAGUGUCAAUAGAUCAGAAUCUAAAGAAUCUGUUACUCUUCAACCAUUCUAUUGUUUACAUCUUGAUGUUAGACCUGAAUCAGUUCAUACAUUAGAAGAAGCAUUAUCAUUAUUUAUGAAAGAAGAAACAUUGGAAGGAUAUACAUGUUCAACCAAAGGAGUAGAAGUGACAGCGAGCAAGAGUAUGUCGAUUGAAGUACUGCCAAAGAUCUUGAUAGUACAUUUCAAGCGAUUUGCAUACGACACAGAGGCACAAAAAUUAGAUAAAUUCAUCUCAUUCCCAACCACCUUGACUCUCAAAUCCCACAACUCCCACGCCCCACCACCAUCACAACCACAGACAUUUGCCAGUACCAUCCUCGCCGCAGCCAGCGCCAAGAAAUACUCGCUCCUCUCUGUUGUCAGUCACCAUGGAAAAGGUUUAUCACAAGGUCACUAUACCUGCGAUGUCUUGCAACCGAAUCUUCAGUGGAUGAGAUUCGAUGACGCACUCGUCUCUGAGAUUACCGAACAAGAAGUAUUGAAUCGUGAAGCUUAUUUAUUACUUUACCAACAAGCUUAA